AUGGAUCGCAUGUACUUCACAACCGACCUCUUUGCGAAGCAAUGGGGAGAGCUGGAGAGCCUUAGUACAGGUUCUCAAGGGCAGAGAUUGUCCUAUAGAAUUCGUACUUUUUAUUGCCUGGUUGGCCAGACAUCAGAGAAGAAGAGGCAGCAACUGCAGGAAGCAUUUCAGGGUCCCGAAGCGAUGGAGAGGAGAACGGGACCGGCCAAAGUCAUUUCGGCGCAUGCAGAGAUUAACCUGAAAGAUCUCCAGCAAUCUUUGGCUUUGACUUCUCGAAAGAUUUAUGAGACUGCGAAGUACAACCCUGGUGGAGAAUGUGCAUCGGAUGAGCGAUGCAACGCUGCUGCACACUUUGUGGAAGAUGUACUGGUUCAGUUCAAGGGGAUGCAUCGCACUGUCUUGGUCACUAUGUGCAGAUCCCUCUUUAGGCUGGAAUUUGCCAGUCAGUUUCUCGGAAGCCACCGGGAAACAGUCAUGGCAGCAGUCCAGCAGGAUGGCCUUGCGCUGCAACUGGCUUGUGAAUACCUGCAGAGCGACAGAGAGGUCGUGAUGGCAGCAGUCCGAAACAAGGGCCUUGCGCUGCAAUUUGCUUCAGAGAAACUCCAGAGAGACCAAGAGGUUAUCACUGCAGCCGUCCAGCAGGAUGCCCUUGCACGCCUGUUUGCUUCGGAUGUUAGCGAAAAGGAACUCGUGAUGGCCACAGCCCAAAGGGAUGGCCUUUCCCAUGCCAGGUUUCACUCCAACCGGCAGAGAUUCGGACCGCCCAACAGCGUGGAGUGGUACUUCCAUGAUGUUUGGCAGUCCAAUGACGUAAGCUUUGUAGAUUUCUACCGCACCCUUAAGGCGUUCAUUGACGCCAACCAGACAGAUCUCAGCAAAUCGACCUCGUUGCUUCAGCUGUUAGACAAGUCCCAGAAGCUCCAACAGGCGCUGGCGCUGCACCAAGCCGUGAAGAAAGCCUCAUCCGAUGAUAUCAUGGAGCUGCAAGAGUUGAUCAGAAGCCGAGUGGACGUAAAUCAAGAAUAUCAGCAUCCACAGCAUGGGAGCCUCACACCUCUUCGUCAUGCAGUGACUUUGGACUCUCCAGCGAUCAUCAAACUUCUGUGCAAAGAGGGAGCUGAUCUAUGUAGCAAGCCCAGUCCCAUUCGCUAUGCCCAUGAUCUUGGUUCCACAGCAAAUGCUGCGUUUGCGGCUCUUGCACACUAUCCAGAGUGUUUCAGAGCUCCAGAUAUCAUUGCCGAGAUCAUCAGAAGAUUGGCAAAGGCUGGAGCUGAUGUCGACUUCGCAGAUGCACGUGGACGAACAGCUUUGCACUUCCAUGCAGUGGAAGGGCAUGUGGAGGUGGUGAUGGCAUUGCUAGAGAACGAUGCCCGCUUGGACCAAAGGGAUUCGGAGGGCAAGACUCCUUUCGACCUAGCCACUGAAGUUGGAGCCCCAGAGGAGUCGCUGCUAGGGCUUCUUGACUAUGUAGAGCUGCACAUCGGUCUUGGUGGACAGCCAAUCGCACUUCCUACAUCGCUUCUGGCAGAGCCUCCUGAUGUAGUUUCCUUCCUCAAGCAUUACGUCCGAGACAUGAAAUUCAAGAACGGCGAGAGGGUGUCGUACUUUGCCAUUCGAGUAGCCAUAGGACACAAGGUCCCAGAGAGCAACACUUCAUGGGAAGCUCUUGGGAAACCCAAGAUGAUUUUUGCGACCUUGGGCUGCAACUUUUGCGAAGACCCAGAGAGCGCCAAAGAUUUCCUCAGGGUUGCUGCCCAACUAGGCGUUCAUGCGGACUACGAGCUUAAAGGCCACUUGGAGAAGUAUCAAGAUCCUGAUGCUCUUGAUCGCAGAGAAGUGAGAGGAGAGACCGCCGUCCACAAAGCGGCAAGGAACGAUGACGUGAACAAACUCGAGUUGUUGGACUUGGCAUGCGCAAAUUUGAAUUUGCAGGACAGAAGUGGUGCCACGGCUUUGUUCAUUGGAAGCCAGGGUGGAUGCCUCUCUGCAGUGAAAUUCUUGCUUGAUCACCAAGCCCAGGCUGACCUAGCAUUGCACACCAAUGCAACUCCAUUGUAUGUUGCCUGUCAGAAUGGCCACCUGCAGGUAGCUGAAGUACUUUUGGCCUUUGGAGCGCACCCAAACUCGCAGACAAAUGACCUAGCAACACCCUUGUUCAUUGCUGCUCAGAUGGGUCACUUUAGAAUUGUCCAGAAGCUCUUGGAAUUCAACGGUGAGAUUGAACGAGCCAAUCGCACGAAAGCGACUCCGCUAUUCAUUGCCUCACAGAAUGAUCACGGGGACAUUGUCAGGUGUCUUCUUGACGCGGGAGCAGACAUCAACGCCUGCACCGCUGGUGGUGCCUCCCCAACCUACAUUGCCGCGCAAAGAGGCUGCAUGAAAGCGCUGGCAUUGUUGAUGGAAGCGCCGGGCGUUGAUGCCAACCUUAACGCAAAUGAUGGGGCGACUCCGAUUCUGAUUGCAGCGCAGAAUGGACACCAAGAAGCUGUUCGCUUUCUAUUGGAGAAGAAAGUGGAUGUCACGAAGGCAAUGAAAAGUGGAGCAACUGCACUAUUUGUUGCAGCACAGAAUGGGUACCUGGAGGUUGUCCAAGACCUGGUUGCUGCCAACACAUCCUUGGUAAACAUGUGCCUGCAGAAUGGAACAAGUCCAUUGUAUGUUGCAGCUCAGAACGGCCACCUUGACGUUGGGAAAUACCUGCAACAAGAAGGUGCCGACACCAGGGAGAAGUCAUGUGGCGGUGCAUCACCCUUCUUCAUUGCUGCACAAAACGGUCAUGUGACAGUUGUGCGCUUCCUUCUGGACGUUGAGUGCGAGAGCCCGAGGCCAGACGAAGAAUCCCAACUGAUGCAACAAACCGACGACGAAUCUGCGCCCCUGUUGGUGGCAGCGCAAAAUGGUGUGAAUGAGCCCUUAGACACCAAGGAAACUCCUUUGUUUAUCGCAAGCCAAGGUGGUCAUACGACUGUUGUGCGCUAUCUUCUUCAAGCAGAUGCAGAUGUCAACCAGGGCAAGCAUGACAAAACGACUCCACUGUACAUAGCUUGCCAGAACCACCACACUGACGUCUUCAGACUGUUGCUGGGUGCACAAGCAGAUCCGAACGCGCAAAACAUGAAUGGUGCCACAUCCCUUUUUAUCAGCUCUCAGAAAGGAUUUAACGACAUUGUGAGGGAGCUGCUUGACAAGCACGCGGAUCCAAAGAUAUCCAUUGAGAGUGGUGCAUCCCCUCUCUAUGUUGCAGCAAUGAAGGGUCAACGUGAGGUCUGUAGAAUGCUUUUGGGGUGUGGCCAUGCCGACGCCAAUCAAACUCCCGGGCAUCAGAAAACUCCGCUCCUCGUUGCGAUACUGAACGGUCAUGAGGAGGUGGCCGACUUGUUUCUGGAGGAAACAGAUGUGGAUGUGGACAAGGCGGAUGAUCAGGGAAACACGCCUCUGCUGGCAGCGAUCAAGGCUAGCUUCUGGAACGUGGCGGAGAAGUUGACUGCUCGUGGUGCCAAAGUGGAUGGCGGCAUUUUUGAUGCUGGGGUUUCCAAAUUGCGAGCACUUGCAGAAGCUGUGGCACCCAUCGCCACUGCAGAGUUUGUUGUGGACAGGUUGCAGACUCUGGACAUGCCCUCCGGGUAUCCCCAGCCUUCAGGAUCAAUGUCGAUUCAGCAAUGCAUUAAACUCUUCAAGGACAAUGAAGAAGUCACGAAGGCUUUGCUGCAUGAACUUCAUGAGUUGGACGAAGGCCUUCAAAACUUCUCUUCCCAGCAGCAAGUUGAGAAGCAAGCUGAGGAGCAAGAUGAGCUGCUGCGCAUUCGAUCUGCUAUGCUUGAUGGUGCAAAAAGCGCCUAUGCAAAAGUUCAUGAGAUAGAAAUUGCCUUUGCUGGUCAGGCGAUCGCGGCUUGUGAUCUGGUGACUAGUUACUUUGGCUUGGCAUGUAAGCUCCUCGAUGAGUGCCGGGAGAGUAUUGAUCUUAAGAACGCUUGCAAGACUCAUGCGCAGUUCAUGAGAACCCGGUCCGAUGUGGUUCUCACUUCCAGCUUGAUGAGGCUAUUCUGGAACACUUCAGUGAAGGUAUUUCUACCAUUCUUGCAAAGAUGCGGUGGCAGUGCUUGUGGGACACCUUUGGAUGAGAAGGAAAGGAUGCAGCGGUUGAUUACCAAAGAGAUCUUGAAUGGGCUUCAAGAACUGUCUGGGUUGGACGGAGGCCUUGAAGCGCAGCUGGGAGGCAGGGCAGGACCCGCCACGUCCGAGGGCCGUUUGUGCCAACGGACUGUGGACGCAAAGAGCAACGGCCGAUGA